AUGGUUAAUCGUCGAAAUCAUACAAAGAAAAACUCCUCUACACAACCAAUUAAUCAAUCGACAUCAUCAUCAUCAUCAAAAAUUUUACAUGUUGUUCGACAAGCAUUACUGAAUGCUGCUGAAGAACUUAUUUCCCAACAAGAAAAUCAAUCAAUACCAUAUGAAACAUUAAAUGUAAAUAAUAAUGAUUUAAAUGAAAAUGCAAAAAAAAAGAAAAAAAUUGUUAAAAAAAAGAAAAAUAAUCGACGUAAAUAA